CGCACCAGCAAGCAGCACCCCAUGGCCACCGUCUCGCGAGCUACCGCAGCUGAAGCCGCCAUUGGCGCCAUGAUCGACGACCACGCCGCGGGCUACCGCAAGAGACGGCGCAUCGGGAACACCGACGAGUACGAGCUGACGCGCGUGCUCGGGGCGGGCGGCUUCGGCGUCGUCGUCAAGGCGCGCCACCGCGCCACCGGAGAGGACGUCGCCCUCAAGUUCCUCGUCCGCUCACCCGAUGGCGGCGGCGACGGCAAGAGGAGGCGCCACCGUGCACACGCGCUCCACCGCGACCUGCUGCGCGAGGCGUGCUACCUCAAGGCGUGCCGCGGCCACCCCUCGAUCGUCGGCUUGCACGGCAUCGCGCGGGACCCCCGCACCGGGCAGUGCAGCCUCGUGCUGGAGCGCGUCGGCCCAAACCUCGCCCACGUCCUGCGCGAUCGCCGCCGGCCGUUCACGGAGGAGGAGACGCGCCGCGUCAUGCGGCAGCUCCUGAGCGGCGCCGGGAGGAUGCACGAGCGCGGCAUCGUCCACCGGGACAUCAAGCCCGGGAACGUCCUCGUCGGCGGCCAGGGCGUGGUGAAGAUAUGCGACCUCGGGCUGGCCGUGUCCAUGGCGAGCGCGCCGCCGCCGCGCGGCCGGGCCGGCACGCGCUGGUACAUGGCUCCCGAGAUGCUCCUGGGGAGGCCGGACUACGAUGAGCUCGUGGACGCCUGGUUGCUCGGCUGCGUCAUGGCGGAGCUGCUCACCGGAGAGACACUGUUCCCAGGACAAAACGCGGUCGACCAGCUCCUCCGAAUCUCCAGCGUGCUCGGCGGCGCGUGUGUAGGAUUCGCGCACGCGCCGCUCGCCGCCGCGGGGCAGAUGCCGCCGACACGCCGAUGCGACAGCCGGCUGCGCGAGCUGUUCCCGGAGGAGCGCCUGUCGCGCGAUGGAUUCGAGGUUUUAGACGGGCUCCUCACAUGCGACCCCAGCGAGCGUCUGCCGGCGGCCGUGGCGCUCCAGUGCCCGUGGUUCACUGGUACCGCCUACGUCCCUGCCUCUGCUGCGUAG